UGUAUAUAUUUUUAAAUGAUUGAAUAUUGAGUCAUUAGUGUUUUCACUGUAUUUGUUUCACUUCAAAUAAUCUACAUAUAUUUAAAUUAAAUAAUAUAACCUUUUAGAUGAUGUGCUUAAAAGAAACAAUAAGUAUGCAAUAUAUAUAAACAUCCAUGACCAUGGAUGUUUAUAUAGUAUAUAAUGACAUAUACAAUUAUAUAAUAUAUAAGUAACCAUGGUCAUAGAUGUUUUCGUGUUGCACCUUGAGAAUCCAAUUUCCUUUGAGCACCUUUGAUGCGGAAACAGAAUACAACUAUGACUUGCAAUGGCACAUCUCAUCCACCGGGGGCGACGUGUACCACAUCUCUGUUGUGCGGCAUUCAGUCCCUGGUGAUGUCAUUGAGAGAACUCCGAUACACCCUGACCUCAUUCAUCAUUCAUCCUCAUGAGUCAUGGUCCUUGUUGGUCACAUGGUCACUGUUUGUUUGUGUUGUCAUUCACUCACUUUUGAUUUCUCCGUAAUCUGCCUCCAUCAACUGCUCUUCUCCCUGUUCACAACUUGGUUUUCCACCAAUGGGGAUCUGGUGCGGCGUGCUGUAAAUGUCAACGCUAAUCUGCUUUCUAAAAGAGCAAACGGAGCCCGACAUUAGCACCACUAGCACCAUUAGCGAGCUAGCUCCAGCCACGGAGAGCGACCCAGGGCCCGGCAAGGGGGCCAAUGGGAAGGGGGAUCGCCUCAGGAGCCCUGGAGCUGAGGAAGAGGACGCUGGAGUGAUGAUGAAGGAUGAGAGUGGGAGGAGUAUGACUGACCCUUCAUGGCCGUCCCAGGACCCGGGGUGCAGCGCCGUGGCCGGGGACCCCCUGGCCCACGGCGGGAGCCCCGGAGUGCCCGACUCCCAGCGAGCCAUCAGCCUAGACGCUGCCGAGUGCCUGGAAGAGUCCAACCAGGCUCUGGUCCGCAGCGCCGCCCUGGAGGACCUCACCUCCAUCGGGGAGAAGAAGAGGCUCUGGGGCGACCCGGGGCAAGAGGACGACUCGCAGCCACGGCAACCCCCGGCAGAACACCAGCCUCCUCCUGAAGAACAUCGGACCGUGAACGGGGCGAGCAAUGGGGUCACUUCAGAACAUCUGCAUUCCCCCGACCCCACGAGUUGCGAGGUGGCUCCGGACGACCCCUCAGAAGAACCCUUAGAACGGCCCUCAGACCUCGAGGGGAUGCGUGAGGCCCCACACGCUGCACACCUCAACGGGGGAUCUGACGAGGGACAGAGAGCAGACCAGACGACGGGAGACGAGGGUGAGGGGAGGGCAGAUGUUUGUACGGAGUCACAGGUGAACGAUGUCACAGAGACCUGCAGAUCGACCGAAAACCUCCAGAAAAGCAGUUCACCGGCCAGAAGGUCGAUGGUGCCGGUCCCUGUGGUUAAAGCAAAGAUUGACAACACUGGAGAGAAAAAGACCCAACCCGCGACCACAGCUAGGCCCAGGUCUUGCCCUAAAAAGGUGCCUGCGUUACCCAAAGGCUCCGUAACUCGGGCCCCGCCCUCAAAUGGGACAGGCUCCAACCCCAGGAAGCCAGUCACUGCAGACCAGAGUCAGUGCAGACCUGCAAGUGCUACCAAACCUCAAGUUCCAGGAGCCAAGAUUCCCGCCAAAACAGUAGACGGCGCCAGUGGCCAGAGCAGCCCCAGCACCCCCAAGUCCCCGGGCAGCAUGACCCGGGCCGCGCUGGAGGCCAACAAGGUGAAGAAGGUGGCGGUGGUCCGCUCAAGCCCCAAGUCCCCUGGCUCGAUGAAGAGCCGCUCCCCGGCGCCGCUGGCCGCCGCCGCCCCUCUGCCGGACCUGAAGAACGUCCGCUCCAAGAUCGGCUCCACAGACAACAUCAAGCACCAGCCCGGCGGGGGAAAGGUGCAGAUCCUUGACCAGAAGAUCGACGUUAGUAAUGCCCAGGCAAAGUGUGGUUCUAAAGCCAACCUCAAGCAUGUGCCAGGAGGCGGCAAUGUUCAAAUCCUGGACAAGAAGAUAGAUGUGACCAAUGUCCAGGCCCGCUGUGGCUCAAAGGCCAACCUGAAGCACACACCUGGGGGAGGAAAGGUACAAAUUCUUGAACAGAAGCUGGACUUAAGCAAUGUGCAGUCUCGCUGUGGAUCCAAAGAUAAUAUUAGGCAUGUGGCCGGAGGAGGCAAUGUGCAAAUCGUGCACAAGAAAAUUGAUUUGAGCAACGUUCAGUCCAAGUGUGGUUCAAAGGACAACAUUCGCCACAAGCCAGGUGGUGGAAAUAUUGAGAUCAAGCAUGACAAAGUUGAUUUCAAAGUACAGUCCAAAAUCGGCUCUCUGGACAACAUCGGCCAUGUUGCAGGAGGGGGCGGGAGGAGGAUUGAGUCCCACAAACUGACCUUCCGCGAGACGGCCAAGGCCCGCACGGACCACGGCGCCGAGAUCGUGUCUCUGGAGGACUCCCCCCGCCAGCUGAGCACCGUGUCGUCCUCCGGCAGCCUCAACAUGACCGACUCCCCGCAGCUCUCCACACUGGCCGACCAGGUGUCCGCCUCCCUCGCCAAGCAGGGCUUGUGAACCAGCAGCCCCACCCCCCCGGAAGAGCCCAGCCUUCCUCGGCCCCUAGCCAACAGUUUUCUAUCUUAAUUUAGCUCCCUCACAGAUAUCCCAAACCUUCAAGGUGUUACUUAAAAAGAAAAAAAAAGAAGGUAAAGAAUGUUGGCCA